GAUAUUACGUAGCUAAGAAUUACGGAACACUCUGACGCUGUGAAAAGGCAUCCAAUGUUUAAAACAAAGAAUAGUGUUAUACUAGCUGAUCUGAAUAAAAGAUUAAGUUAUUAGAGGCUUGUUUUACAGAAAUGCGUCGGACCGCGUAAAAGUGCCGCUAUUGCGCAUCUGACAUUGUACGUGAUGAGGAAGGGCAUUUAAGGUUCCAUUUUAACCAGAGCAGUAGAGCAUCAUGGGUGGAGUGGCACUGGAUGACGGAGGAAGUAGAGUGAAGGCCCCUGAUGGUGGCUGGGGUUGGGCUGUGCUUUUUGGUUGCUUCAUCAUCACAGGUUUCUCCUACGCCUUUCCAAAGGCCGUCAGUGUCUUCUUCAAGGAGCUGAUUCGAGAGUUUGGGGUGGGCUACAGUGACACAGCCUGGAUCUCCUCCAUCCUAUUGGCUAUGCUUUAUGGCACUGGGCCUUUAUGCAGCAUUUUAGUGAAUCGAUUUGGGUGUCGUCCAGUGAUGUUGGUGGGCGGCCUCUUUGCAUCCUUGGGAAUGAUCUUGGCAUCAUUUGCCACGAGCAUCAUUCACAUUUACUUGUGUAUAGGAGUCAUUACAGGUCUUGGACUGGCUCUGAACUUUCAGCCAUCACUCAUUAUGCUGAAUCGAUAUUUCAGUGAGAAGCGUCCGCUGGCUAACGGCCUGGCAGCGGCUGGGAGUCCGGUGGCUCUGUGUUGUCUGUCCCCUCUGGGGCAGGUCCUUCAGUAUGAAUAUGGCUGGAGAGGGGGCUUCCUCAUCUUGGGAGGGAUACUGCUGAACUGCUGUGCUUGUGGGGCUUUAAUGAGGCCUUUGCUCCCACCAAAGAUGUCAGAGACCCCUGGAUUUGAAAACACACCGGAUGAUGGCGACAAGAAACCAAAACCCAAACCCAAGAUGCUGGACUUCAGUGUUUUCAGAGACCGGGGCUUUGUCAUUUACACCGUCGCUGCCUCCAUUAUGGUGCUUGGUUUGUUUGUGCCUCCAGUGUUUGUGGUGAGCUAUGCCAAAGAGCUGGGAAACGAGGACACGAAAUCCGCCCUCCUGCUUACCAUUCUGGGUUUCGUUGACAUUUUUGCACGGCCCACGUGUGGCAUCAUCGCAGGACUCUCGUGGGUUCGUCCUCGCUGCGUCUACCUAUUCAGUUUUGCUGUCUUAUUCAAUGGCAUCACAGAUCUGGUGGGCUCCUUGUCUAAAGACUACUCCUCUCUGGUGGUGUUCUGCAUCUUUUUCGGCAUCUCUUAUGGCAUGGUUGGUGCUUUGCAGUUUGAGGUCCUCAUGGCUGUUGUGGGUACAGAGAAGUUCUCAAGCGCCAUUGGUUUAGUUCUCCUGUUUGAAGCCAUUGCUGUGCUGGUCGGACCUCCAUCUGCUGGGCGCCUUUUGGACUUCACUAAGAAUUACAUGUAUGUCUUCCUGCUGGCUGGGAUUGAGGUUGUGUUGUCAGCUUUAGUGCUGGCCAUAUGCAACUUCCUGUUCAUAAAGAAGAAGCCCGAGGCACCUGAGGCUGCAGUGGAGGCUGGAGAGACAGUCAAGGCAAAGAAUCACUCCUGUACGCCACCCAUAGAGGAGCCACACAAGACCAGUGGAAACUCAGAAAAGCCAAAGAACUCGGGUGAUCUGAGACCUGAGAGUGUAGUGGAGGAUUCAACAGAAGUGGAAACAUUUCUUAAAGUUAAAGAUGGGCAGAAGAUGAACGUCGCCUGUAGUCCAGAAUCUGACCUCUGAAGGACAUCAAAGCUUUGACCUUUUCUGCUUACGAAAAGGUUGUAAAGACACAAACAAGAGGAGAUUGAGAGUUGCAGUGUUAAUGUGUGUCACUGUGUGUAGUCUGAUGUGAUAUCCUGAUGUGUGUGCUGUUUACUGACAGAUGAAUAUUUAAUCAAUAAUAGAGGCCUACACUGCACUCAUGCUGUUCAAAAUAUCGCAUUUGCACUGCCACACAGAGAUCUGGACAAGCCACUCUCUGUACGUCUGUAGCUCAAAACCACAGACAUUUCUUUGACUUACACCUACGUUGACUAGGUUAAAGGUGCUGUAAGCGAUUUUCUUAUGGAAUGGUUUGGAGAAAAUUAUUUUAUCUACUGAAAUGACUACUGAGAUAUCACACCGAUCUCCGUGACAGACAUAAACAGUAAAAGAAAAAUUGUCUCCGGUCAGAAGCUUUUUUUAGCCAAUCGGAAUACAUUUGAAAGCGCUUUCUGCCGGUCAAUCAGUCCAUAUAUGACAAACCGGACACUGAGAGUGUGAUAGAUUAACUUGGAAGAGCAGCUUUCAUGAGUUUGGAGGG